AUGUCGUCCUCUGUGCUGAGGGCUGCGGCCGACGGGGCCAUUCGCAGGCAGGCCCUCACGCUGACGGACACCGCGGCAUCCAGGAUCCGGCAGCUCCUCAGCCUGAGGCAGCGGCCAUACCUGCGGCUUGGCGUCAAAGCGCGAGGUUGCAAUGGCCUCUCCUACACGCUCAACUAUGCCGAUGAAAAGGGGAAGUUUGAUGAGCUUGUCGAGGAGAAAGGAGUCAAAGUACUGAUCGACCCCAAGGCUUUGAUGCAUGUUAUAGGCACCAAGAUGGACUAUGUUGAUGAUCCAUUAAAGUCUGAGUUUGUGUUCAUAAACCCAAAUUCCAAAGGGGAGUGUGGCUGUGGUGAAUCUUUCAUGACUACAGGCAGCAAAGGGUCGACGUCAUGA